AGGGCGAGUAUGAAGACUGGGACUUCUGCGGCGCGCACGACCUCAAGGUGCGGGCGUGGCUGGACGAGAUGCCGCUGGGGUACGACCGCGCCGGCGUCGUCCCGCUCGACCUGUGGCGCGGCCUCCCAGUCUCUCGCAUGCUGGCACAGGGCCCGAGCCUCAUGUCCAACAGCCAGACGGAGGCCACGUACCUGCUCUCCGAGCAGCUGGACGAAGGUCAGAGACACAUCGACAUCUUCCUGUCUCACACGUGGAGCUCGGACGAGUACCUGAAGUACACUGCUAUGCUGUACCACUUCAAUGGGCGUUUCUCUUUUCUGGCCGCUCAUUUCGCAGCCCUUUUCACUUUCCUGGCACUCCUCGCGAUCAAGGAGCUGACUCCGUACGGGAGUCUCUUGCCUUGUUUCUACGUGCCGAUGCCUGGCAACGUGGACGAGUACCCCAGGGGGCUCCCGGUGUGCGGUCCGUGUUUCUUCGCGGGGUGCGUGAUGCAGAUUGCGACCUACGUUUUCGGACACUUCAUCUGGUUCGGAUACCGAAAGACCGUUUUCUUGGACAAGUGUUGCAUCCACCAAACCGACGUGGAGAAGAAGAGACGUGGCGUGGAGUUCGUGGGGAGUUUUGUGAAACAGAGUAACACAAUGUUCAUCCCGUUUGACGACGAUUAUUUCGAGCGGCUCUGGUGUACAUACGAGCUCGCUGCGUUCGUCCGAUACAGGAGAAGUAAAGCAAUGGAUGCCAUCAACUUCAUGCCGAUCAAGACUUCUGUUUUCGUCUUCACGAUCGCCGUGGUCGGUUUCGUGGGUACUUCGGGCUUCAUGUUCAUGUGCGCCGUAAACGACCUGCUGUUCCAGUUCUGGCUCCCGCAGAACUGGUUCGAGGAUACCGCUCUGGGGGUCGGGCGGAUUCGGGGUGCCCAAGUUCAUAUUCUGCCACAUGUCGCUGCAGAGCCGGAAGAUCCUGGACGAUCAGCUCUCUAACUUUAGCGUGAGCAACGCCAAGGUUACCGUGGAGGAGGGGGACGACCGCCGCAUGAUAGAGGAGUACAUCCGCGAGUGGUUUGGGUCGGUGGAGCUCUUCGACCAGAUCGUGCAGAGGUUGUUCCCCGACAUCGUGAACAGGUCUCUCGGCACGCGGUGGCAGGGCCUACGUUUCGCGGACGAGAACGCGGGUGUCCUGUUCCUCUUCAUCUACGACGCGGUCCUCGUCGCGAACUCCCCCAGGAGGAUCGCCCGAGCCCUGGCGAUAGGAUUCAGCGCGCACCUGGUGGUCGACCCGCUCUUCCUCUUCUUGCUC